UCCGUACAGCACUCAAAUUGAGCAGUCAUGGAAGAGCAUCAGAAAAAGGCACUACGCAAAAACCGCGUAGAUCUGGUACAAGACAUGGACCUGCAAUAUGUGUUCGAUGGACUCGUUCAGAGGAACAUCUUCGAUCCUGCUGACUAUGAAGACUUUGAGGUGGAUGGGAAAGUGAGGCGCAAGAUCAACCAGAGAUUCCUGACUGCCUUGGAGAGGCGCGGUCCCAACGCCUUCCGGGCCUUUGUGGAUUCCCUGAGGGCCCACAAACAUGGGGUACUGGCCGACAUGCUGGACCCAGCCUCGGCCCCACGGUAUCCUGCUCAGAUGGAGUCCAGGCCGGGGAGGGUCAUGGACAACCCGACAGACUCCAUCACGGGACCCCAGGGGGACUCCAAGCUUGAGCCCAUGGACACUAGUCUGCCUUCUAAAUCCUACAUAGCUUCUCCUACAGAGGAAGUACAGAAAGUCCCCUGGCCGGGUACCACCCCAGCGGAUCUUACCACCAAGGAAAUGUCCAUGGCACCCCAACCCCUUGCUGACCAAGACGCUUCUGAUGUCGACGACGUCUAUCAGAUGAAGUCAAAACCGCGAGGAAUAGCAAUCAUCAUUAACAACAAGCACUUCAGGACAAUGAACACAAGGAAAGGGACUAACAUUGAUGGCAAGAACUUGAACUACGUGUUUGAAAAGCUGGGCUUCACGACUCUGUAUAAGGAAGACCAGACAGGGGAGCAAAUGCAGCAGAUUUUGCGCGAAGCUGCGAGCCACAACCACCAAACCUUUGACUGCUUCGUCAUGGCCAUCCUCAGCCACGGCGUAGAGGGCGCCAUAUACGGCACGGACGAGAGAAUUGUCAAGAUCGAGGACAUCACGAGGUACUUUGAAGGAGGCCGGUGCCCGACGCUGGCAGGCAAACCAAAGCUCUUCUUCCUCCAAGCUUGUCGAGGGGAGAGAUUCGACGGAGGCCAUGAAGCCACAGAUUCUAAGGGGAUUGCCCCCAGUGACGCUAACGCCAUGCAAGACUCCGUAGCACCGAUAUCCGAUGAGGAGCUGGCCCAGCGGAUGCUGGAACGAGAAUUGGAAGACGACACGGACGCCUCCAAUGCCAUCCGAUCCAAACUGCCCAGUCAGAGUGACAUGCUGCUUGCGUUCGCCACGGUGCCAGGCUUUGUGUCAUGGCGUAACUCGGAGCGUGGUAGCUGGUUCGUGCAGGCGCUGUCGGAAGUGUUUCUGGAGCACUCAAACACAGAGGACCUGCUGUCAAUGAUGACUAGGGUCAACAACAAAGUCGCCCGCGCUUUUGAGUCUUCCUCGGGACGCAACAAGCAGAUCCCGGCCCCCGUGACGAUGCUGCGAAAGAAACUCUACUUCAACCCUGGACGUUAGGUGACAAAACUCCAAAC